CGCGGCUCCCAAGCGUCGACGACCCAAGUUGCAACCAUCAGUCUCAUUUCUUCUCGGCUGCUAACAGCACGAGCAUCCCCGCAUUGCCGGUUGGUUGUCCCCAACAUCGUCUUCACCUUCUCUCCAAGCCCGCCACCAGAUUUCCUGGCCCCUACGUUGCUGGCCGCCGACUAGGCAGCCCCGACCAGCUUGCCCCUGUUCCAGCUGGCCCCUCGAAUCGCAGCAGCAACUCCCCGUAGCCUUCCGCCGGCCCAGCUGUAUGCGCAUAUUCACCGACGACCAACGCCUCUAACCCUUCUUUCCGACGAGCUCGAUCACUGCAUAGAGGCCGCGCCGUGCCUUGUACCGCCACAAUGGUGUUCCUGGGCAUAUACCGUGCCCUCUACGACUAUGAGCCCCAAAGUAGCAAUGAGAUUGCCUUGACUGAGGGCGACAUUUUGAUGGUCCUGGAGAAGUCCACCGACGACGACUGGUGGAAGGCCAAGAAAAAAGGACGCGAAGAAGACGAGGAGGAGCCCGAGGGCCUGAUCCCAAACAACUACAUUGAAGAGGCCGCCCCCAUUGCGCAAGCCAAAGCCCUCUUUGACUACGACCGCCAGACGGACGAGGAGCUGUCGUUCAAGGAAGACGCCCUUCUUGAUGUCUACGACACCACAGACCCAGACUGGACGUUGGUGGGCGUUGAAAGCGACUAUGGCUUUGCACCGGCCAACUACAUUGAGCUCAUCAAGGGCAAAGCUGCCUCAGCCGCACCAGCUGCAUCGUCUCCGGCGGCACCAAGUCGCCCACCAAUGCCUCCAGCUGCCGACUCCUUUGACGACUCCCAGCCGCCUACCCCAGAUAGCCCUGCGCAACCAAGCCCUGCUGCCGCACUCGCUGGUAUCAUACAGAAGAAGUCUCAGGAAACAGCGCCGCGAUCGACCAUUUCGCCCCCACCCAAUGUUAGCGCGCCUCCGCGACGACGCGUGCAAUUCACGCCCGAAGAAUCUGAUGACGAUGUGCCACCACCUAGUCUUCCUCAACGGCGAGUAUCCGAAGCAGCCUCUCAUCCACCUACCCAAUAUGCGACAGCGCGGUCCCCAUCACCCCCGGCCAGGUCACCUCCCCCUCGAAGUGUCACGUUCGACAAAUAUGAUCCACCAAGCAGGGAAGAGCAGCCAACCACUCCGAGGUCCGCUUCAGGAUACCGUCUCUACAAUAUUUACGAAUACAUUACGCAGCCGGGCAAGAACAAGAAGAUGCCAAUGACACUGGGUGUCAACAUCCCCAAGGGCAUGAUCAUGAUUGCACCAGAAAAGUCACGCGACGGGCCGCAACAAGAAUGGAGUGCUGAAAAGAUGGAAUACUAUUCGCAAGAGGGCAAGCACAUCUUCAUGGAGCUCAAGCAGCCGAGUAAAAGCAUUGAUUUCCACUGCGGAGCCAAGGACACUGCGUCAGAAAUCAUGAUGGCUCUUGGUGAGCUUGCGGGAGCUGCAAAGAGUGCGGGACUGCGGGAAGUGCUUGCUGCUGGUUCCGGACACUCGAAUGUACAGAAAAAGGGAGUCAUGUUAUUUGACUUUAUGGCACAGGGUGAUGAUGAGGUGACUGUUGGCCUUGGUGAUGAGAUUCUGGUACUCGAUGAUUCAGCUAGUGAUGAGUGGUGGAAAGUCAGGCGGCUGAAGAACGGCAAGGAAGGUGUCGUGCCAGCUAACUAUGUCGAGAUUACAGAAACCCUCCCCAUACCUGCUACUGCUGCCUCGAUGGCUCGUUCCGGAACCAAUGCUGGCCGAUCUAUAGUCGAACAGAACAGGCGGGAAGAAGAGGAGCUGGCUCGCCGGGCCGCAAGACAGAAGAGGCCAGAAAGUGAGGCGAGGAAUGAUCAGGUAGGCCCUGGCCUGCACUUGCCUUCGCGUAACUCUAGCCUUUUGCAAACAAAUAUUGACCAGCGUCGUGCCUCACAGAGAACAAGCAAGCGCGAAACCUCGUCCAAAGACUCGAGUUCGAAGUCCUCGUCCAAGCCAAAUCCCGCCAAAGUGCGCACCUGGACUGACCGAUCUGGCUCGUUCAAGGUUGAAGCAGAAUUUAUUCUUAUCAAGGAUGGCAAGAUUCACUUGCACAAGGUCAAUGGCGUGAAGAUUGCAGUACCGGUCACAAAAAUGUCCGUUGAAGAUCUUGAAUAUGUUGAGCGCGUCACAGGCGAAUCUCUGGAUGACGACAAGCCUUUGUCUGACUUGAAGAGAAAGACCAUGCAGCAGCAGCGAUCGAAAGAUGGACGUUCUCCAACCGGGUUGUCGGUUGAGAAGAAGCCCGAGUACGACUGGUUUGACUUCUUCCUGAAGUGUGGUGUCAACCCGCAAAUAUGUGAACGCUAUGCUCGGGCGUUUGUAAAGGACGAAAUGACUGAGGAGAACAUCCCAGACAUCACGCCAUCGCUUUUGCGUACUUUGGGUCUCAAGGAGGGUGAUAUUCUCCGUGUGUCCAAGUACGUAGACGCCCAGUUUGGGCGCGACAAGCGAAACGCCGGCUCUGCGGAAGACAAUGGAGAGGGAGCGUCUGGUGGACUGUUCUCUGGACCCGGAGGUGCGCUUCGUAACAAUACCCGCAAGGGACGUCCUGCACCUCCUGUGGAGACCAACGAUGUGGUGGAUCCAAAAGCAUUCGAGCCGAAGUCUGACGAUGCUGGAAAGAAGCCCACAGAGAGUGCUGCAACUUCUGCAGGUGCAUCGGACGCCAAGGCGAACGGAUUCGACGACAAUGCCUGGGAUGUCAAGCCAUCAAAGUCGGCACCUGCUUCUGCCCCGGAAAAGUCUGCAUCUCCGCCUCCAGCGCAGUCUGCACCUGCUGCAAAGCCACCUCAGUUGACUGGAGCUAUGGGCGAGCUGUCCCUCUUGGAUAUGCCCGCCCUCAAACCCGAGGAGAUUGCUCAGCCAACACCUCCUGCACCUGCGCCUGCUCAACAAGCAGCACAGGCACCCGCUCCACAGCAGCAGCCACAGCAGACAGGAGCUACCCCAACUCUGUUCGAGCAGGUUGCAGCUAUCAAGGCCUUGACUCAACCUCAGAACAUGGCACCGCCACGCAUGCGUCCACAGGCUCCUCAGCAGCAGAGCACCGGCGGUCUGCUCGCUCCACCACCGCCACGUGCAGCCUCAGCUCCGCAGAACCCGCAACAGAGUGCGUUUGGUCCGCCACCACCAUUGCAGCCUCAGCUUACUGGCUACAACCCCAACAUGAUGGCUCCAAACGUCGGACAGGGGCAGGGAAUGCAAGGCAUGCAGCCGCAGAUGACUGGGUUCCCCCAACAAAAUGGAGCAUACGGGUUCCAGCAGAACGGCAUGAUGGCGCAACCAACGGGAUUCAAUUCCAUGUCGCCGGCACCACCACAACAGCCCAUGCAAACUGGGUUUGCGCCAUUCCAGCAGCCUCAGCCUACAGGGUUCCAACAACCAAUGGCGACGGGCUAUCAGCAGUCACCGCACUUCACCCAAGGGUUUGGUAACGGCAGUCCGUUUGCGGAUCCCCCAAUGGCACCCUUCCAACCACUGCAGGCCCAGCCGACUGGAUACAAUUCGUUCCAGCCAGCACCGCUUAACCCGCAAGCGACUGGCGUCAACCGCUUCUUGCCUCCGGCAAUUGUGCCGCAGCCGACGGGCUUUGGUCAGAGCCCACCACCGGUACCUCCGAUGCCGCCUAUGCCGCCUAUGCCGCAAGCACAGCCUCUAGUGCCGCAAAGGACUGGACCGCCCCCGAGCAUCAAGUUUGGUGUUCAGCCUGCGAAGAAGCUGACAGCUCAGCCAACGGGGCGGGCGAACCUCGCCAAUGCUACUCCUCAGAACCCCUUUGGCUUUUAAGCUUGUUGGUGUGCUAUUGGCAUGGAUGUACCAGCGCCUCCUUUCAUCUAUUGCCCUGUUUGCUUAGAUGAAGGCCCAUACAAUUAAACAUUCUACCUCUACGUGUACUUGUACAUAAUUUUGCUAUAGUGGGGCGUGGUUGCGGUUUGUAAAGAGUUGGAUGGAUUCUGCUCUGGCGCAGAAGGGACCCACGGCAUAUUCUGAUUUUACUUUUUUAUUUCUUUGCAUAGCGCAUAUUAGCAUGCUCGUGCCCCCUUGGGAAGUAAUUGUUGAAGUUCUCUGCGCGCAUCUGGGCAAUUGAUUGAGGAUGCGGGUGGAAGAGGAGUGGCGCAUGGGAUGGUGGGUGAGCAAAGGGAAAUCGUGGGAAAAUGUACAGCUAGGAUGGAUAAUGGAAAUUAUAAAGGUUGAUAAGAGCUAC